AUUACACACCAAGGUUAACUUUCACUUUCAAUAUGACUAUCGGAGGAACUUGCUUAGUUAAACUUACAAUGUAGUAAGCUUAGUAAGCCAAUAACUUGUUAGAGGAUGACUUUACUCCAUCUAUCUGCCAGUGAAAACCUCUCAACAUGAUGACCAUAGAAAGUGACGACGAUCUACAAGCGGAUGAAGGCUCCCUUUUGAUUAAAGAAGAAAACCCAGAAAGACCCAUUGGAAUCAGGAAGAUAAGUGAGAAAGCAAUGGGGCCUGUCAGCAUGGUCAAGAAUGUUGUAACUUUCUCCCAGAAGUACCCCAGCAGUAUAUACUUCAUUUUGGGAAAUGAAUUCUGUGAAAGGUUUUCAUAUUAUGGCAUGGGAGCUGUUCUGAUUCUCUACCUGACAAACUGGCUCGGCUUCAGCGAGGAUGUGGGGACCUCAAUCUUCCAUUCCUUUGUCAUGCUGUGUUACUUCAGUCCUCUCCUUGGAGCAAUCUUAGCUGACGGAUACAUUGGAAGAUACAAGACUAUUCUGUUUGUAUCGCUGCUGUAUGCCACUGGAAAUCUAGUUAUGGCUGUAACUGCAGUACCCCCACCUGAAUGGUAUGGUCCAGCUGUUGGUUUGAUCCUGAUUGGUUUUGGUACUGGGGGAAUUAAACCCAAUGUGGCAUCAUUUGGUGCUGAUCAGUUCAGAGCAGAUCAGGAAAAAGAGAGGUACAUCUUUUUCUCAGCCUUCUACUUUGCCAUCAACCUUGGAAGUAUGUUAUCCAUUAUUUUGACACCAAUACUUCGAGCUGAUGUGAAGUGUUAUGGUGGUGAGUGUUAUCCGCUGGCAUUUGGAAUACCAGCAGUACUGAUGGUUCUCUCUACUGUCAUAUUUAUUGCUGGGAGCAGCCUCUACAAGAAGGUGCCAUCGUCUGGGAAUUUGAUUGGGAAAUCUUUUAAAUGCAUCUUGUGGGGAUUAUACGGGAAGAUAAAGAAUUGUGGCAGUAGGAACAAAAAGGACCACUGGCUAUACUAUGCAGACAGUAAAUUUGAGCCAGAGUUUAUCAGAGAGGUGCAGAUUUUACUGAAGGUGCUAUUUAUGUUUAUCCCUGCCCCACUUUUCUGGGCUCUGGCUAGUCAGCAGGGAUCUCGCUGGACACUACAGGCAGAAAAACUGAAUGGAGACCUGGGUGUCUUUGGGACCAUCAAACCUGACCAGACGUCAGCAUUAAACCCAUUCCUGAUUCUAGUUCUCAUUCCACUAUUUGAAAAAUUUAUCUAUCCUUGUUGUAAUAAAUUUCACUUUCUUACUAGGCCACUUCAAAGAAUGUCGGCAGGCAUGAUGUUAACUGUGAUAUCAUUCAUCAUGGCAGGACUUCUACAAAUCAAAAUUGAGGAAACAAAAGAAUCUCACUUAAAAGGAAUGGAAUGUGGAGUGUCUUUCUACAACACUUUAUCCUGUGAUAUUACUGUAAAAAUGGAUGAUGCACAUGUCUGUAAAAUAGCUCCUUAUCAGAGGAGUGAAUACAUGGUGAUAAAUGCUAAGAAUUAUAAAGUAGAAGUGCAAUCUUGUCUUCCACUGUUGCCUCAGAAUGUAACCCUGGGAUCUCAGAAUGCCACUAGAAUAUUUGUUUGGUCCAGUGAUGAUAAUACGCUGAAACUAAAUAGUGUGCAAGAUUUGCGUUCACAUACAUCGGAAGGAAAUUCAAAGCUAAGUAUAUUCAGUAGAGGAGCUUUCGAUGGUGCCCAGAUAGUGGUAGUGAAUUCAAACCAUCAAGGACAGAUUUCCAAUCAAUCUGGCGUUCUGUAUCCCACUUCACAACAAGGGGGUCUACCAUUCCAUACUAUCACCCCAGGACAUUACAGUAUAUACUGGCAGGACUCACCCAAAAGUAACUGGACUAAGCUCAGCACCUCCAUCAGUAUAGGGCAAGGAGCUGUGUAUAAUUUAGUAGUGGCCAGGAAUGGAACAAAGGUUGUGACGAGUCUGUUGACCAGUGUGGAGGUGAACAGUGUUUCUAUGGUGUGGAUGGUCCCUCAGUACGUAGUGGUGACCGUGGGGGAGGUACUCUUCUCAGUCACAGGACUCGCUUUUGCCUACUCUCAGGCCCCAGUGACAAUGAAGUCAGUGGUUCAGGCUGCUUGGUUGAUGACAACAGCAGUAGGCAGUUUGGUUGUUGUUAUUGUGGCUCAAGUGCAAUACUUUACAUCACAAGUGGCCGAGUUCAUGUUUUUUGCUGCUCUGAUGGCUUUGGCUACAGUAAUGUUUAUGAUCAUGUCAUGUUUCUAUACCUACUAUAAUGCAAGUUAUCAUGGAUUGGAGGAUAAAGAAGAAUUGAUUGAAGAGAACCAGAAUGAAGACAUUCCAUUAAAACAUUCUAAUUAUUCAAAAAAUAUGUGAAAAGCAGUUAUCUGCUAAAAUAUUGUCAUAAAAUGAUACCAGUACUGUCUUCAAUGCAUUCAUUUUGGUAGUUCCUACUGAAAACUGAUGUGCCAUGAUCUAGUAAAACAAAGAAAAGAUUUGCCAUACUUGAUUUACCUUUCUAUGAAAAUUCUCUAGACAUACAAUGCUUAUGUGUGUUAUGAUCAUGUGGUGAAAAUCCUACUUUAAGCUGAUGGAAUUAUUGGUAUAAGAGUUACUUUCUCAGAAACAUUCAUAUACUGUGAUUGUCAGAAUGAAAAAGAAAUACAGUGAAAUACAGUUACAGCAAACACACUUAUAAUGAAGUGACACUUACAGUAAAACACAGUUACAGCAAACACACUUAUAACGAAGUGACACUUACAGAAAAACACAGUUACAGCAAACACACUUAUAAUGAAGUGACACUUACAGUAAAACACAGUUACAGCAAACACACUUAUAACGAAGUGACACUUACAGUAGAACACAGUUACAGCAAACACACUUAUAACGAAGUGACACUUACAGAAAAACACAGUUACAGCAAACACACUUAUAAUGAAGUGACACUUACAGUAAAACACAGUUACAGCAAACACACUUAUAACGAAGUGACACUUACAGAAAAACACAGUUACAGCAAACACACCUAUAAUGAAGUGACACUUACAGAAAAACACAGUUACAGCAAACACACUAGUCUUAUAAUGAAGUGACACUUGCAGUAAAACACAGUUACAGCAAACACACUUAUAACGAAGUGACACUUACAGUAGAACACAGUUACAGCAAACACACCUAUAAUGAAGUUACACUUUUAUUCACACUGUAGUUUUGAAACAUAUCAUGAACUAUAAUGAAUUACAUUUAUAACAAAUCAACCUUGUUUGUCCCUUGCACUUUGCUAUAAGCAUGUUUUAAGUACUGUAUGUAUAUUUGUGUAACCAUAGUGUAUUUUAAAGUGUAAAAUACGGUAAAGACUUAUGAUAUAUGAAUGUGCCAAAAUUAAGUCUUUCACACUUUAGUCUUGUACAUGCACUUUAAAUGACUUUGCAGGCGACAUGCUCACAUGUGAUGAAAUAUACAAAUGUUUUACAUGUAUUUAAUCUUUUACCACAGAGAAAUUCAGAAUCUAAAUCAAUAAAUAUCUUGUUAU